AGACAAGCGUUUGAGGGGAGAGAGAGGGACAGGCUGGAGGAGUGCGUGAAGUACGGGCAAGUCUGAUGACAUCCAAAGAUUCAACGCUGAAUCAUCUACAGCAGCAGACAACUCGUGAGUUUGGAAAGUUAUAAAAACAUUUUUUUUUUACUUUGUUAAGAGAGCAUUGUAGCCUAUAUCAAACCUCUGUAAGGGCUGGGAAAGUUGAACCCGAGACAAAGACUGUUCUGGAGACUGCCCGUAGAGCUCAAACCCACAUUCACACUGACAGGCGGAGGAACGGGACAGACGGAGAUUGAGUCCCCGAGGGGGGUUGGAAGGAGAGGAAAAACUUUUCGAAAAAAUCAGGACUUGUUUAACAGUCCACUUCUGCAUCAAGACAUGUCCUAAAAUUACGCAUGAAGGAGUUUAUGGAGACGAGAAGAAGAGUUGUGGUGACAACGAGAGGGGAAAGUUAGAGGAGAGUAGAGCAGAAGAGUGGAGAGCACGGGAAAGUCAGAGAGGAGAAUCUAGUCUACCUGGGAAAGGGGUCAGAGAAUGAAUUAGCGAACAACGAGUGCCCUGUGUCGCAGCCAACAGUAAGUGUGCCACACCCAUGGAUGAGGAGAGGAGCCCCCCUGUCAGCUCACCUGAGCCCCCUGAUGAUAGGGACCCACAUCCCCCCACUCUGCACCCCAACCCCUCCACGGACAUCCCAGCCUCCACCCCUAUUCCAACCCCCACACACACCACAGAUUUGGACAGGAGCAUGGAGCCCCUCAUCGAGAGGCCAAAGGUUAAACCAGAGGGGUUGCUAGGAGACGCAGAGAACGGCAACAACAACAACAGUCUCUCACAGCCGGACCUGACGACACCUAGCAAGAGCAUUACCUGUCAGCCCCAGGCUCGAUCCACCCACCCUGCCCAACCCUGCCUAACACAGCCAACCAGCCAGCCACGAGACGGAGCCAAGCUUCACACACACUGCCCCAACUGCACGCACGCCCCUCACACCAACGGAGUGAGGAACGGAGGCCCCUGUGAUCGGCCUGCCCCUGGCUCCCUCCCUAAAGCAGCCUCUUCCUCCUCCUCGUCGGGGAUGAAGAACUCCAAGAAGCUCCAGUCCAACCCCUCCAUAACCUCUCAGAGCAGCAAGAGGAGCAAGAGCUCCUCUAAGAGCAACAGCUCCCAGAUACCUACAGAGGUACAGGAAGACUGUUGUGUUCACUGUAUCCUGGCCUGUCUGUUCUGUGAGUUCCUGACUCUGUGUAACAUCGUGUUGGACUGUGCCACCUGUGGUUCGUGUGCGGGGGACAACUCGGCGUGCUUCUGCUGCUGCUGCGCCUCGGAGGAGUGCGGCGACUGUGAGUUGCCAUGUGACAUGGACUGUGGGAUCAUCGACGCGUGCUGCGAGUCUGCAGACUGCCUGGAGAUCUGUAUGGAGUGCUGUGGCCUCUGUUUCUCCUCCUGAGCCUCCCAAACUGCAGUGGGUGAUAUCUCUCUGUCUCACACAGACAAAGCCCAGGCUCAGUAGACAGGGUAGUGGAGGGGCAGGAUCAUUGGCCAAUAUUGAGGACAUAUUGAGAGUUGCCAUUGGUCCAUGUAAGGACAUAUCAUUGGCUUGACCAAGAUCAAGUGCUGGCAUUGGUCAAUGUUGUGGACAAUCCAUUGGAAUUGACCAAUCAAAGGACAUGGACUACUCUUUGGCUUGUCCUGCUCACCUCUCUUCUGUGUUGCCUGUUAAGGAGAAUUAUGGAUAUCUCCCAUUGCUAUGCAGAUGUGUAUACACCAUGCUAGCUGUGCUCCAGCGAUGGUUCUGAACGGCUUCUCUCUCUGGACUUCCUUUGGACCCUCAGUGAUCUGUCUCAGUGAGCUGUCUCUUCUUACAGCAGAACCCCCUGUCUCCAGAGGUUCAGCAGCACAAUGAAUGGAUCUCUCCAUGCAUGAAAAUGACCUCGCAGGCAAAUGAGAAAAUGGCUCCAUUUAACAGGAUUUCAGUGUUUCUGUAGAUAAGACAGCAGAGUAAUAGGAAAAUGGUCGCUCAGAUCGGAGCAGAACCCUAGUUUGUCCUUGGCAAGGUUAAAGGCUUCCAGUUUGAGUGCUAACCUUUUUUCUCAGCGUGCACGGUCCUGUGUGGAGGGUGUGUCUACUGUAGAUGACUAGGACUGGGAGUAGGGGGCUUGGCUACAAACCAAUGGAAACGCAUCAACACUAACUACGUUUCCAUCCAAAGUUUAUGCGAGUGAAGUCAUACCGUAUUAACAAAAAUCAGGAUAGCUGUGAAGAUUUGUAAAAAAAAAAAUACAAAAAUGCCGACAUGGUGGGAUCUUUUUGUGGCGGUAAAAUGUAUUAUGUGAGAAAAUUGUGAAGUGAUGAUCGACGCUUGACUGCCAUUUGACAAGUACAAAUAUUCUCCCUCUUAUCCAUAAUAACCGUAUCAUGUAGACGAGCCUACCUGCACGGUAUCUGAGAGCUGGUGGCUGGAGCUCAUCUGCCAAGACCAGAGUUAUUUAACACAGCAGUUUUUGUGACUAAACUAUUGGUAGAGUUGAAAAUGCAAUGGAAACACUUUAGAUUUACUUUAGAUGUUAGAUUUGGAUUUAUAUUUGGUACAUGAAAACUGGAGUGGAAAAGUACAUUUUGUGUCACUGCUUUAUCAGGCACUGAUUUAUAUGCGCAUAUUUUCUUUAAUGCGAAUUCUAGAAUAUUUGCAUGAACAUCUGUCUCUAAUUGGAUGGAAACCUAGCUACUGCUACAAACAUUUUGUUCCAUAGCCAGCAUUAGCACACCUGAUUCAGCUAAUUGAGAUUUUAUGGUUAGUUGAUGAGUUGAAUAGUGCUGGGCUGAAACCAAAGUCUGCAGUGUUUGUAGGGCCGUUGUUGACCGACCAAACAAUCGACACAUCCUCCAUCUGACUCAAACAUGUGAAAGGAGAGCUCGUCUUUCAUGUUUCUGUAACUGUCUAUAUGUCUGGCUGUAAACGGAUUACAGAUGGUUACUAACUGAUAGACUGGAAGAGAUCAUUCAAACUCUCAAUGCUUUUACCUGAUCUGCUCAUUCUCUUGUACUGUACAGUAUGUGAACGGAAGGCCUCUGCUUUACUCCAGGCCUGGAUUGUCUCUCCUUUGCAACAAAAAUUCUAUUAAUCCAUCUUAUUUUGUGUAGAUUUUAGUUUAGAUAUUUGCAUUUCUCUUCCAAUGUGAAAUCACAUUUCUAUGUUAUCAGUUCCAACCUCUCUCGCUGCAAAGCAGUCGUUCUUCAAAAUGUCAUUUCAUUUAGAAUAUCUGCGGAUAUUAUGCUAAGUAUGAUCCAUAUGCUAGCAUUUUGAAUGGUAAGUAUAUUAGUUUUAUCAUAAUAGAAUAGAUCCUGCACACUCCAACACAUACCCUUUUCUGCCCAGCAACUCAUGAGAUAUAAUGUAUUUUUCUACUAAGAUUAUGUUUGUAUAUUUUAUACCCAGUGGGUCCUGAUUGCCCUCAGCAACAACUGUGUUGUUCCUCUUAUGACUUUGGGGUCUAUUCAAUCUGAAACUCUGAAGCGCUACAGAUUCAGCUCUAUGCAUUUUAAGGUAAUUUCUGACUGGGCCCGCAUUUGCAGCGUUUACCGUGAAUGUAGUCAAUCAUGCUGUAGAGCUGAACUUCCGCGAUGCAGAUUGAAUAGGGCCCUUUGUCUCUCAGAAUCACCCAAGCAAAUCAGAGUUUGCUGUUGCUGAAUCUUUAUAUCCUAUAUUCUGUGGAAGGUUUUAAACUUGGUUGUAGGCUAUGACUAAUCAAACUAGCCAAUUGCUUGAUUCCAAAGACUACAGACUUUACAAAUAGAUAAUCUGUAUUGUAUUACUGGGUGUAACUAGUAAUGAAAGACAUGCCUUAUUGGGAAUACUAGGAAUCUCUAAUGAAAGAGCUAACUGUACAUCUACAUGGAGAUUAAGGUAAGAUUGAAAAGAUGCAUUAAAGUUUUAUUCUGGAUUACAAAUGAUGUAGAGAGAGGUGUCAUAUUGUACAUCCAAGUCAUUGUUGACUAAAGCCCUGGAAAUAUGCCUAGUCUUAACAAUGUAGACUGUUUUUAAUGGAAAAUAAAACUGGAAAUCAGAAGUGGGAAUUUGAGAGAUACAGGUGAAGUCGGUAGUUUACAUUCACUUAUGUCAGAGUCAUUCAAACUUGUUUCUUCAACCACUCCACAAAUUUCUUGUUAACAAACUAUAGUUUUGGCAAGUUGGUUAGGAUCUACUUUGUGCAUGACACAAAUAAUUUUUCCAACAAUUGGUUACAGACAGAUUAUUUCACUUAUAAUAAUUCACUGUAUCACAAUUCCAGUGGGUCAGAAGUUUACAUACACUAAGUUGACUGUCCCUAUAAACAGCUUGGAAAAUUCCAGAAAAUGAUGUCAUGGUUUUAGAAGCUUCUGAUAGGCUAAUUGACAACUUGAGUCAAUUGGAGGUGUACCUGUGGAUGUAUUUCAAAGCCUACCUUCAAACUCAGUGCCUCUUUGCUUGACAUCAUGGGAAAAUCAAAAGAAAUUAGUCAAGAUCUCAGAAAAAGGUUAAUCCUUGGGAGCAAUUUCAAAACCCCUUUAAGGUACCACGUUCAUCUGUACAAACAAUAGUACGCAAGUACAAACACCAUGGGACCACGCAGCUGUCAUACCGCUCAGGAAGGAGAAGCAUUCUGUCUCCUAGAGAUUAACGUACUUUGGUGCAAAAUGUGAAAAUCAAUCCCAGAACAACAACAAAGGACCUUGUGAAGAUGCUGGAGGAAACAGGUACAAAAGUAUCUGUAUCCACAGUAAAACGAGUCCUAUAUCGACAUAACCUGAAAGGCCGCUCAGCAAGGAAGAAGCCACUGCUCCAAAACCCGCCAGAAAAAAUACAGACUACGGUUUGCAACUGCACAUGGGGACAAAGAUCGUACUUUUUGGAGAAAUGUCCUCUGGUCUGAUGAAACAUAAAUAGAACUGUUUGGCCAUAAUGACCAUCGUUAAUGUUUGGAGGAAAAAGGGGGAGGCUUGCAAGCCGAAGAACACCAUCCCAACCGUGAAGCAUGGGGGUGGCAGCAUCUAGUUGUGGCAGUGCUUUGCUGCAGGAGAGACUGGUGCACGUCACAAAAUAGAUGGCAUUAUGAGGAAGUUUUACUUUUUGUGGAUAUAUUGAAGCAACAUCUCAAGACAUCCGUCAGGAAGUUAAAGCUUGGUCGCAAAUGUGUCUUCCAAAUGGACAAGACCCCAAGCAUACUUCCAAAGUUGUGGCAAAAUGGUUUAAGGACAUCAAAGUCAAGCUAUUGGAGUGGCCAUCAAUCCUAUAGAAUAUUUGUGGGCAGAACUGAAAAAGCAUGUGCCAGCAAGGAGGCCUACAAACCUGACUCGGUUACACCAGCUCUGUCAGGAUUAAUGGGCCAAAAUUCACCCAACUUAUUGUGGGAAGCUUGUGAAAGGCUACGUUUGACCCAAGUUAAACAAUUUAAAGGCAAUACACUCAAUUCGUUUUUGGUAGCAUGUACUUCUGCCCCACUGGGAAUGUGAUGAAAGAAAUAAAAGCUGAAAUAAAUAAUUCGCUCUACUAUUAUUCUGACAUUUCACAUUCUUAAAAUAAAGUGAUGAUCCUAACUGAUCUAAAACAGGGAUUUUUUACUAGAAUUAAAUGUCAGGAAUUGUGAAAAACUGAGUUUAAAUGUAUUUGGCUAAGGUGUAUGUAAACUUCUCACUUCCACUGUAUACGUAUAGGAAGCCGUAAUAAUGUUUGUUGUUUUGGAUGCACUCUGGAUCAAACAGGAACUGUAUCUAAUGUAGUCAAAUUGUGGUGUUAACUCUUAAAUAGUUAGGAUAGAACUGGAACAUAAUCAACUUGAUACUGCCCGAGUGAACAGUGACAUUUUGCAUUCCCUGACAGUGCAAGGUUCCGCUUCACUACAAUCUCUCUCUGAGUUUUUCCUUUUUCAUGUCUUGUCUCGUGAAAUGGGCCUUGAGACAUCUCAUGGGUGUCACGAUGAAAUCUUAGCUUGCUCUGGUGAAAGUACUUGAUACAAGCAUUAUGUCCAAUACGUGUUUAGUGUUUACCCAGGACCAUGUGUAAUAAAAUGACCGUGUUAGAAGUGAAAUGGUGUCUAUAUUUUUGUCAUCAGGCACCAAUGCAGACUGGUCUUUCCUCUAUGUAUCUACCAUGAUGUCCAUAUUUACUGAAAUGCCUCUUCUCUGAACAGACUAAGGGCUCUAUUCCAUCUGUAUCGCUGAAGUGUAACAGAUUGCACCAUAGAAAUGUAAAAGUCAUUUCUGAUUGAGCCGACAUAUGCAGCUUUUACCAUGAAUACAGUCUCCAUUUAACACUGGAA